CUUGUUAAAUGGAAAACUUUCUUAGCCGCAGUUAAAGGAAACUAGACUACGCCGAUAACGCCUAUCGAAUCUGUCUCUUCCUCUCUUUAACAUUUCCGCGAGAAAGAUUGAGUAACACUGAGCUUCACCAUGACUGUAUCUCACAACAUCCUCAUCACGGGUGCAUCGGGCUAUCUCGGGGGCACUUUACUCGCUCGCUGGGCGAGCGCCGGCCUCACGGGCUAUGACAAGCUAUUUGCACUCGUUCGAACAGAGGCUCAAAGGGAGCAAGUCAAGCAAUAUGGUGUUGAGCCUCUCACAUUUUCCCCUCGAGAUGAUCAGGCUGUCCGAGACGCAGUGGUACAAAAUCGGAUCACCAUCGUCUUUUACUUGAUAGAUGCCUUCGACUCUGUUGGCCAAGAAAACUUCAUCAAGGCUUUAGGCCAAGUGAAGUCUCAGACGGGUCUAGACGUUCACUUGCUUCACACAUCGGGUGCCAAGAUCUUUUCGGGUCUUGCUGGGGCUCCUACAGAUAGUCCGCUCUUAGAUACCGACCCUGGUCUGUACGACAUCCAGAAAGCUCAAGAGCCCCCAAUACCUUUCAUGAAGAAGCCUGUUGAGACGAACAAACGAGUUAUUGACUUGGCCCAAGCCAACGAUGUGAGAUCUUAUAUUUUUGCUCCCUGCAUUGUCUAUGGAAAGGGAGAAGGAUUCGGCAAUCCUAUUUCCAUCCAAACCGUCGACAUUGUCAAAGCCGCCAUUGCUACUGGUCGAGUGCACUCAGUGACACCUGGUCGGCCUACUUGGCCCGUAUGUCACGUCCUAGACAACACUACCCUUUACCUCCAAAUUCUUCGCUCUAUCUUGAACGGAGAAACCCUAGGAUAUGACAAGAACGGCUACUUUCUUGCGGCUUCUGGUAGUGUAGCCUGGGAUGAUUUGUACGACGCAAUGGCCAAGGCACUCAAGGCCCGAAAUGUCGUGGAAGACGAACGUGUCAUUCCCGCAGACGAAUCGGCGCUUGGCAAGAUGGCUCAAGGGCUGAGCACCGAGAGCUCUCUCGUUCAGAUGAGAUUGGCUGGAAAAUGCAAUUUCACAGCCAGUCACGGUGCUCAAAUUGGAUGGAAACCCCAAUUUCCUCCGGAACAUAUUCUCGAUGCUGCUGAUGAUGAGGUCGAUUAUAUAUUGCAGACGCUUUAUAGCGACCAAGGUUUUGGUGACAAGCCAUGGUACAAGAAAGAGUAGAGUAUCAACCAUUUUGUUGCAGGCUGCUCUUAGUCUCUGUUGGGUCACCAAAUUUGGUCGGUUCCUCGCCAAGUGUGAAGCAAAUUAGCAAUCCUCAAUUUCCUGGCAUCGCUCUAGCUCGGUCAGCCUGCUUAUCCGCUGCUCGGAACUCGGAUAAUGCGAUGUUGUUUCACACCAGGUCACUAGGUAGAUCAAGAAAUUCAGCA